UUGGAUAUAAGCUCUAAUUAUCCCCAUUGGAUAUUGGGUAUUGGAAAGAGCCUCUGAACUUCUUUGGUGCGCUACAUCAGGAAUAACCAAAUCAUGUUUCGUUGGCUGACUCCAUUCCGGCGCUAUUCGCGAAGUACACUAAAAGAAUUAGACUCAUUACAUAAAAUACGAAAAUAUCCUAUUCUUCUUGGCUGUUUAUCUUCUGGGAUUUUAUAUCACAAUUUUAUGGCGCAUAAUAAUACUAUGACGUCUAUUGAAAAUAAGCCCAAGCAGAAGGGAACUGAACAUCCAAUUUUUGAAGAUCUUAUACUUUUAUUCAAUGAAGGUAACAGUGACCAGUCAUCUAAUAAGCUUCCUAAUGAAGCAAAAAUGGAUCGAUUAUUAAAGUUGAAUCAAGAAAUAGAAGACGAACUUCCACUUUUCUUUGAAAAGGGUUUAUUUGAUGAAGUCCCAAAAAAUCUGCUUGAUUCUGACACUGUUGUGUACUAUCAACGGAAAAAUGGCUCGGUGCAUGAACUGAAAGGUAAAUCAUGGAUUCGUACUUUAGUAGUAGCUAGUCGAGCCUAUUUCUAUGCGCGUUCUUACGGUCGUCGACUUGAAUUAACAAGUAUCCUGUCUGAUACAGAAAAGUGGGAAGUUGAAGUCUCUUUUCGAAUCGUCCUUUUACCUGCUCCAUCUAAAGAAGAAUCUCACCUACCACCAGAUAGAUUACUAGAAAGAUUAGAACAACGAGCUCGAUGGUACAACUUUAGAGCUACUUUCUACUUGUCCGAUGCUGGUAAAGUAAACGCUAUUAAACUCACUCAGAUAUUACCUCCUUUCAAAGAUUCCACUAACUUAUAUCCUUUGAAUCGGCUUGCACUUUGGAAACCUAUUGGUCCAGGCCUGCCAGGUCGCCGCCGUUUACCCACUCCCACUCCAUAUGUUUACAGUGAACUAGCUUUACAGCAGACGCUUGACAAUCAUGACAGUGAUUGUAACAACAGCAAUUUACUGUUGACAUUUGAAGGUAUUAAAACACAACCCGAUGAAUUUUUACAUCAUCUUGGCAAAAUUAUUGAACCAUUAGACGUAGCCAUUGAUUCACUUCCCAGUAAUAAAAAUUAUAUUGAUUUAACGAUGAAAUUUAAUCAAGAUGUUUGUUGUUGUCCGUCAGAUGACCAAGUUAUAUGUUCUUCAUUACCAUUUGUAAAUAUUUUGUAUAAAUCAUAUUCAUCGAACUCUACCUUAUUGGAAUUCUACAUAAAACAUUUGGCUUCAGCUCGAAAGAAUGUUCAGACGACAGCAAUAAACGGACAGAGUAACCCAGUGAACUGUUCUACAUCAUACAUUACACAGUUACGACGAAUUACUUGUUCACCACAUAUACCUUUGAAAUCAUUUUGUAUUACUUCUGGUAAACAUUUUAGCCUAUCCAAUUGUUUUGCAGCAUUUCCUUCAACUGAUGACGUAUCUCCUGUAUUUUGUUUAUCCAAAUCAUAUAUUUAGAUUGAUCUUAGCUUCUUUUUAUAUAUUGUAUACUUGUAGGGAAAAGAGAAUAAUAUUACAUUCAAAGGUUGAGAAGUAAACACAUAUAUAUGAUGAUAGCUGUUCUGAUUUAUCUUAUCCGUUCUCAUUUUUUGCGAACAGAUAUUUAGGUUGACGUUCGUCAAUAGAUAUACCGGUAAUUUGACUUUAAUUUAUAUAUACUUACGUUGUUUUUUCUUAGCGAACCUCCCUUCUCAUUACAAUGAUAUUGUGUUAGCAGUGGCUGGGCGUAGCCUAAUUCGUAGAGUUGUAUAUGACACAUAUGAAACAUAUGAAUGUCAAGAAAUUAUUGUAGUGAAUUUAAAUCGUUAUAUAAUCUAAGACACUUCACUUUUUUUUCUUUACAGUUAUUAAUAAAACAUUAAAUAUCCUAC